CUGUCCUACAACUAUAUGGGUUCGCCACUUCAUAUAUGUAUCCUCUCUGUCACUCAUCCACCCCUCCCACUGAGAAAUCCAUGAGUUCUUUUCACUUAUUCCUCUCUGAAUAUGCAACAUGACUGAAUUGGGCGGUCAAUAUCGUCAGCUGGCGCCUGGUCCGUCGCCUACUAAGUCAGAAAAGUUUCCAUCGGGUAAUGGUUUCUCAGGAAAAAGCUUUCAGACCUCGCUAGAUGUCCCAAAGAGACGCGUGUCUAUGGCUUGUUUGGCUUGCAGGAAGUCUAAACGGAAGUGCUCCGGUACUGCACCAUGCCACAACUGUUGUGCAUUUUAUCGGCAGUGCAUCUUCGAUGAGACGCUCGAUAAGCGUCGAAAAGUGGCUGCGAAGCGCACUGCCGAUGAGCUCAGCUAUCACCGGAUGAUGUUAGACGAUCUCCUGAAAGUGAUGCGUGUGGAGGAUCAGACGCAUGCUCUGAAACUGCUGGAAUUCAUCCGGAAGGAUGUAACGGCUGAGGAAAUACGUGCAUAUAUAGACGAUGCACUGCGCCGGAUUGAGGGAUAUAGCAUGGUGAGUAAUGCGUCAGGCAAGCAGCUAAAGCAGGUUAGACGGGUGAUCGAUGUCGAAGGAGCUGGGCUGUCAUUUCGUCCCAAUGUUAUGGAUAUCCACUAUGUAUGUAACGAAGUGCCUUACAAGGUCCCCGCGAAGCCCUGGACCACUGUAACCAACGAUGCAGACCUCGUCUCUCAUCUGGUGUCGCUCUACUUUACCUGGGACUAUCCCUUUCAUGCUUUCCUUGACCGAGGCGUUUUUCUCAAGCAUAUGAGAAAGGGAAACCUCAAGUCGGAGUUUUGUAGUCCAUUCCUUGUGAAUGCUCUGCUCACGAACGCAUGCCUUCUCUCGGAAUACUCUGAAACCUAUGUCGAACCAGGCGACAUAGUGACGCAAGGGACCGAUUUCCUUGCCGAGGCGGAGCGUUUAAGGGAGGAAGAACCCAUUGAGCCCAGCCUGGCUAACCUGCAGGGCACGGUGUUGUUAUAUGAAAGAUAUUCUAUAUCCGGCGAAGAUGAUCUCGGCUAUCGAAUGCUUCAUCAAGCGAUCUGGACCGGCGGGUCUCUAGGCCUGUUCGGCCCCAGAAAAGUUAGCUUGAGUCCAGGACAGAUCUCGGACGAUAUGGAUAUCUCGAUUAAGCGAACGGCCUGGGGCCUGUUCCACACUGACGCAGUCGCGCAUGCCGAUUUCCUACGUCCUAGCCUCAUCGACAAAGUCAAUGUUGAACGGCCAAAUAGGUGCAACUCCGAAGAUUCGAGCCUAUGGUACCCUUAUCCUUCUCAUCGGUUUGCCCGGCCGUCCUGUGUGAGUCAAUAUUUUAACGAGGUAUACAACCUGUGUUAAAUUGCACAAGAGGUAUCGCAGCGACUUUUCGGGAUCGAUGCCAAUGCAACUUCUCUUGAGUACUUACACCGGAUCCAAGAAUCCCUG